AUGCCGGGGUGCAGACGCUGUUGGCGCCAAGCUCAGGAGAACAGGAAGCAGACCUGGAGCCCACAGAAAGCGAACACCUUACAGCCUCCCUCUGGCGCCCCCUAUCUGCAGAUCCUGAAGGGAGCCGGCUUACAGAGUUCCAACCCCAGCACCACAAAGCAGUCUCAGGAGCAGACAGGGGCCCGGCGGGUGCAGCACAAGUGCAACCAGGGAAAUGCUGCCAUAGAACCGUGUCCAGUGGCCAGUCACCAAGCCAAUGUCCCACCUUUACUGGAGUGAAAUCAAGGUGGAGGAGGCUGAAGCGGCAGGUUGGAGGAGCCACCUCCCUGCAAGGGGAUGGGGCCAGGAGGGAGAUUACGAAGGCGCCAGGCCCAGGACUCUGACAUGCACCUGCCACGGCUCCAGGGGAGAUCGGGGGCCUGCCAACUUACCCCGCCCCAUGAUCUCAUAGCUGCGUUUGCCAGGCACUGGCUCAGGAAGCAACAUUCCACAAAGAAAACACUUGGAUGUGCAGGCCAAAACUGGGCCAAAAUCCUGGAGAGGAGGACCCACCUCAAGACCACAUCGCAUUUCCAUAUCAUUUUCAAGUGUCACCAAAUGGGCUGGGCAGGCAUUUGGAUAUCCUCAGUCAACAGCACUGCCCUCUCCUCCUUCGGCUUCCUGAGGAUAGAUGUGAAGCAGCAUGUGGCCCAGAGAAAGGGCCCUGGGGCCAGCGGGCGGGCAGGAGACCAAGCUGCUAUUACCCUGCUGCAGGCUGCUGGCUCCCCACCCAGCUGCAGCUUCCCAGGGCUGGCCUAUGUCAGCUGGAGCAGUGCCCAGCACCACCCUGGGCUGCCGCCACCCUGA